GGGGCGGGGCAGUGACGCAGCCGACGUGACCUUCCCAACAUGGCGAAGGCCCGCCGUGUGUGAGGGCGGACCCCAGGGGCGCCGAAGCCAAUGGCAGACCGCGAGAGGCGUGGGGGCGGGGAAGACAGCGGCCGCUUGCCCAACCCGAGACUCGGGAGGUGGCUGGGGAGUGAAUUUUCUGGAAGGCGAUUUUAAAGGCGCCGGGACUGAGCGAAGGGCGUUUUGGUGCUGCCGCCGUCGCCGCCGCCCAGGCCGGGGAGGGGUGCGUUAGUGGCAGGAAGCGGGCUGCGCCGAGGUCGUAGCGGAACCAGCUGGCGACCCCGCAGAAUGAACCACAAGAGCAAGAAGCGCAUCCGCGAGGCCAAGCGGAGUGCGCGGCCGGAGCUCAAGGACUCGCUGGAUUGGACUCGGCACAACUACUACGAGAGCUUCUCGCUGAGCCCGGCGGCCGUGGCGGAUAACGUGGAAAGGGCAGAUGCUUUACAGCUGUCUGUGGAAGAGUUUGUGGAGCGGUAUGAAAGACCUUACAAGCCCGUGGUUUUGUUGAAUGCACAAGAGGGCUGGUCUGCGCAGGAGAAAUGGACUCUGGAGCGCCUGAAAAGGAAAUAUCGGAACCAGAAGUUCAAGUGUGGUGAGGAUAACGAUGGCUACUCAGUGAAGAUGAAGAUGAAAUACUACAUCGAGUACAUGGAGAGCACUCGAGAUGACAGUCCCCUUUACAUCUUUGACAGUAGCUAUGGUGAACACCCUAAAAGAAGGAAACUUUUGGAAGACUACAAGGUGCCCAAGUUUUUCACUGAUGACCUUUUCCAGUAUGCUGGGGAGAAGCGCAGGCCCCCUUACAGGUGGUUUGUGAUGGGGCCACCACGCUCUGGAACUGGGAUUCACAUCGACCCUCUGGGAACCAGUGCCUGGAAUGCCUUAGUUCAGGGCCACAAGCGCUGGUGCCUGUUUCCUACUAGCACUCCCAGGGAACUCAUCAAGGUGACCCGAGAGGAAGGAGGGAACCAGCAAGACGAAGCCAUUACCUGGUUUAAUGUUAUUUAUCCCCGAACACAGCUUCCAACCUGGCCACCUGAAUUCAAACCCCUGGAAAUCUUACAAAAACCAGGAGAGACUGUCUUUGUACCAGGAGGCUGGUGGCAUGUUGUCCUCAAUCUCAACACUACUAUCGCCAUCACCCAAAAUUUUGCCAGCAGCACCAACUUCCCUGUGGUAUGGCACAAGACGGUAAGAGGGAGACCAAAGUUAUCAAGGAAAUGGUAUAGGAUCUUGAAGCAAGAGCACCCCGAGUUGGCAGUCCUGGCAGACUCGGUUGACCUUCAGGAGUCCACAGGGAUAGCCUCCGACAGCUCCAGCGACUCUUCCAGCUCCUCCAGCUCCAGUUCGUCAGACUCCGACUCAGAGUGCGAGUCUGGAUCUGAGGGCGACGGGACAGUGCACCGCAGGAAGAAGAGGAGGACGUGUAGCAUGGUGGGAAACGGGGACACCACCUCCCAGGACGACUGUGUCAGCAAAGAGCGCAGCUCCUCCAGGAUUAGGGACACUUGUGGAGGCCGGGCUCACCCCUGAGCAGAUAAAGAGACUCUCCCUGAGGUGGCUUCAGCGUAAGCUUUUGGCAGCCACCCAACUCAGUUCUCACGUCUUCUACUCCUACCUUCUCCUCUGUCUUCUUUGAAUUUGGAUAUUCCUUCCCUGGUCCAAGCUCCUAUCUUCAGUCAAAUGCUGUUUUUACUGCUUCCUAAGGAUAGAUUAUCAAGAAGUUUAACAGCUCGGCCAGCUCAGUGAAACACUGAAGCUAAUGGGAUGUUGGGUAAGAAGGUUCUGUGCCGUCUCAUUGCAAACCGAGCCAGUCAACCACAAGGCUGGCGGGGUGUGAUCCUUGUAACGUCUUGUUGUGUCUGUUACUCACGGAUGUUGGUAAGGAGCUUCCACAGAGCCAGCUGUGUACCACAGAGACACUGAGAGUGGUGAGUGGACUUUGUAUGUGAGCCAAUUAUGUGUUGGAAGGACUUGGAGUCUGCCCUCCUUCCAGUAUGUCACCAUCAGCCCACAAAUGCAUUCAGUGGCAGUGACCCAGCACCAUCACCCACUGCUCAGUCUGUCUUAGGAUUCCUUAUCUUUUUCUCCAUCAUCAUAGAGACUGAAAUUUCAGGGGUGUUUUUGUGUAGUGUAUUUUUUUUGGGGGGGGGUGAUACAUUGGGAUUUUUUGUUUGCAUAGAGUGGGAAUGGUGUGCAGUGUGCUCUUACCACAGAACUUAAAGUAUGAAUAGGCUCCAUUCUUCCCCACCACAGGAUCCCUAAGAAGCGCUCACUUUGCAAGGUACUCUGAGAUUGGCGUUCCUCAUUUGUUUGACCUACAGACGUUAAGUGGGUGGCUUGUGUUACACAUGGGGAGUAAAUUGGAGAUGGCAGCUCUAGUCUUUGCGGUCUGUUGAUACUUCUAAGUAACUGGAUGACUUUUUGGGGAUUGACCAGCAGGUGCCAUCUCUUGCCCUCUUGAUUCACCUGCUUGCCUUAAUUUGUCCCUAAAUUCAACUAAACUUAAAUAAAAAAUAAGAGGGGUUGUCAAGGCCAUGGUGCCCACUUGGAAGCACUGCCUGGGCUGGAGCGUUGGAGGCAUUGGCAGGCAGGUGGGAAGGAGCUCUCACUGCAGUGUUCACAGGCAGGGAGUAUGCGUGUGGAUGCAUUAGAAUUGUGUGCUGUUGCCUCUCAAAAUAGCCACUAGAAACAGGUGUAACCAGGAAAAUACAGGUCUCUGCCCACUGUUAUUAACAGACUGUCAUUUCCUGACAUUGGGUCAUGUGGCUUUAGGAGGCUGGUUCUCUAUUUUUGUCUUAGUUCAAUUUUUUGCAUCCUAAAAUGCCAAACCCAGUAUGUGGCUGGGUAGGUAGAACUGUGCUGCCUGCCUGCCAUGGGGGCUGCUCUCCCGCUUUACCCUCACGCCCACAGCUCCCUUGGUUCCGUGGUGGGCACAAGAUGUGUUUGGCUAUAAAGUCAAACUCUGAAUGUAUAAUCUCUUGGUAGUAACAUCUGAGUGGUGUUGCUCCUCCUGCUUUUUAAACAGACUUUUCUUGCCAUCUACAAAAAGCUUUUUUCUUUUUCCCAGUAUUGCUCCUGUGCUGCCAUAUUUGCCCUUUUUCCUUACCUUCCUCUCAAUUUUCUAUCAACCACUGCUCUAAACUUCAGUUUAAAAUUAAAAUAAAGCCCAAAAAGGCUAUUUGCCACCAGGGGGCGUGGUAGGACACGUUGCCAGUGGUCUGGAUCGUAGAGCAGAAAUUUUGAAUUUUAAAAAUUAGCCACCCAGGCCAGGUGCAGUGGCUCACACCUGUAAUCCCAACACUUUGGGAAGCUGAGGCAGGGGGAUCGCUUGAGUCCAGGAGUUCAAGACCAGUCUGGGCAACAUGGUGAGACCCCAUCUCUCAAAAAAAUAAUCUAGAAAAUAAAGAUUAGCCACCCGGUUUUCCUUCUCCAGAUGCUAAAGGUGAUUCCUGUUUGGUAACAGUAUUCCAGAAAUGAGGGGAAUAACAUACCUGAUAGGCCCAAGUCAGCUCUGGAUAGUACGGUGUCUGGAUAGUACAGAUUAUGUGCUCCUGGGACAUGCUUUGUUUAUUCCUGCCAGGCCAGAAAUUCAGCAGCCCUACCCCCUACCCUGCUUACUGUCACUGUGGGCUAGCCAGGCUCUCUGUUAUGUAAGCACAGCAGGGGCAAGGUGGGGAAACCGUGUGUGAGAAAGGAGUGGCGUGGUGGCGGGUGGCCAGUGUAGGGUAGGAAGAGUGGGUACCCAGAGACCACUUGUUCAGAAGUUAACUCUUCUUCCCAUCUGGCGUGAGUUACUCCAUUGAAGGGUGCCAACAACAGUAAAGUAAAGGAGAUAAUGUUAGAUUAUUUUCAGGGAUGAUUCUCCAAGGUGACAGCAGAUCUUAAAACCAAAGAGCUGGGUCCUGGAAGAAGGGGUCUUAGACUAUUAACUUCUGAUGGAAGGACCAGGGUGGGAGAGACAUGAGUUGGGGACUGAGAACAUCAGGAGGACCCUGGGUAUGAGGACCUUUGGGGAUGAGGCUUCACCAUCAGCUGGAAGAAUCCAUGCUGUACACAUGUACGUGCCUCUGCAGUUAGUGGUACUGGGAUGUUUAGUGUGACAUCCUUGAGGGGAGAGCCACUGAAAAGAGGAACAUUAUUCACAUUUUGCUGUAUUCUUGUAGCUGUCCGUGUCUUAAUAAUUCAAGCGUUCAAUAGAUGUUUGAGGGCCAGGCACUGCUCUUGAGGUGCUGGAGAUGUGGUGACAAGCCCAGAUCCCUGACAAGCUUAAUGGACAGUGAAUGUGCAGCUGUUCGCAAGGCCGCUGGUGAGGGCAGGUAGAAGGCAGUGCAGACCUUCUUAAAUGCAGGUGUACGGGCUCUACAUGAAAGAGCGUAAUUAACAUCACUGGAUACUUAAGGUAGUAACAGCUUCUUCGUAAAGUAGCAAAACUAAGGAUCUGUGGAAAAGUUGCUGGGGCAAGUGCUUGACAGACUUACUGGAGACUCAGCCUUGGAUUUAGGACUUUAAACAAGAGUUUAGGAUGGAACAAAAUGUUUGCAGUAAAUGUAAAAAAUGCUGUGUAGGAGGUAGGCGUAUAAGGAUGCCCCAGCUGUAGGUUCUUUAGAUUGUCUUUAGUAUUUCCACAAGUAAGUUGUUUUUGAUGCGUGUACUGGUAUUGCUGGUAGAUUUGGAGUCUGGCAGCUUCUUCCACACUCCCCUCCCACUAGCUUGUGUCAAGGUGUGACAUCCUAUACAGCAAAACUAGAUGAACUUAUGCCCCCAGGCAGUGGCUCUCAACUUUCAUUGUUAGUUUAGAAAUUUUGGUCAGGUGCCAGUAGCUCGCCCCUGUAAUCCCAGCACUUUGGGAGGCCAUGGCGGGUGGAUCACUUGAGGUCAGGAGUUCAAGACCAGCCAGGCCAACAUGGGGAAACCCCGUCUCUACUAAAAAUACAAAAAUUAGCCAGGCGUGGUGGCAUGUGCCUGUAGUCCCAGCUACUCGGUCGGCUGAGGCAGGAGAAUCACUUGAACCUGAGAGGCAGAGGUUGCAGUGAGCUGAGAUCAUACCACUGCACUCCAGCCUGGGCAACAGAGCGAGACUCUGUCUUUAAAAAAAAAAAAAUUCAUCUAAGCCCCAGUGAACCUCCUGGAAGGAGAGCUAGCCCUGGCCAGCUGUCUCCAAGGUGACUGGAUGCUGCAGAAGAACUGGGACUGUCUUCUGCGGACUCGUGCCUCCUGGAGUUGUCAGAACACUGUCCUGUGUCUGUCUAGCCAUGGGGUCUGCCAUGAAAUGCCUGUGGAUCUGUCACUGGGUUGGUAUUUUUAACUUUCACUUGGGUGAAACUUGUUCAUCAUUUUAAAUAAAGCAACAUGAUUUGGAGUCGU